GAGAGAGAGAAAGGACAGAAAGAGAGAGGGGGAAGAGGAGGAGAGACGGAGAGGUAUUCCACAUCGUUGAUUAUAGAGGAGGGGGCUCUUUUACGCUGUUUGCCAAAGUGUAGAUUCAUAUACACAUAUAUGUAUGUAUGUAUGUAUGUAUGUAUGUAUGUAUAAUAAGGGAAGGGGGUGUGGAUUGGAGGGAAGUGAGUACAAGUAGUCUCCCGCCGCGCGGUGAUGCGCCUUCCCCCUUCGGUAUCCCUGCGCCCUCCCGCGAAGGGUGAAAGGAAAGAGAGAGAGAGAGAGAGAGAGGCAGGGAGCGCGCGCCAACGAGGAGGAAGAGGAGGAGACCAAGCGCCGCUCUGAUUGGGCGCCCGGAAGGGAGACGUCCCCGGACGCCGCUCGCUCUGAUUGGACAACCGGUGGGAAAAGGUUAAACCAAAAAAAAAAAGAGAGAGAGAGAAAUAUUUUUUACAGCCCUAGUGUGUGUGUCUAGAGCUGGGAAAUUAAUUGUCGCGAAAAGCUGUCUCCGCUGCUCGGAGCCGCUGCUGGGGCUGCUGAUUUGCCCCCCUUUUGAAAAAAAAAACCCACCAUGAAGUAGAGAGAGAGAGAGAGGGAGUUCCUAAUUUAUUAUUUAUUUUUUUAAGGAGCCACAUUUUCUUGUCCUUUGGAAACAUCUCCCCCUUUUAGCUCCCCCCCCCUUUCUUUUGGAAGGGGGGCAUUUUUUUAACGUGGUUACCCCUCUCCCCCUACUUCCCUCCCUCCCUUUCUCCUUCUCCCCAUCCUCCCCUCCCCUUCCUCCUGUUUUGCCUUUUGGCUCUCCCUCUCUCUCCCUUUUGCUUUGCCGGCUCCCUCUUGUCUUUCCCGUCCUCCCUUCCUCAGCUCCGGUCUUUUGCUACAUGCCUCCUCGCCAAGCUCUGGAGCUGCUGGUCCAAGCGCCUGGCUACGGCUGCUGCUGCUGCUGCUUUUCCCUGGACUCAGCAGCCUCCCCAACCAGCACCAGCACCAGCCUCUCCUCCUCCUCUUCCUCCACCACCACCAGCAGCUCUUCUUGCUCUUCCUCCCAGCCGGGCCCCUUCCCCCCGCCGCCUCGCCUGGGGGAUGUUGGACAUGGGCGAUAGGAAGGAAGUCAAGAUGCUGCCCAAGUCCUCCUUCAGCAUCAACAGCCUGGUGCCCGAAGCCGUGCAGAACGACAACGGGAGCAGCAGCAGCGGCGGCAGCAACCACGGGCACCAGCACCACCACAACAACAACCACCACCCGCACCACCACCACCACCAUCACCACCACCACCACAUCCACCACCAGCAGCAGCAGCAGCAAGCCUCCCAGCGAGGGGCCCCGGCGGAGGAGGACGAGGAGGAGGACAAGGGCCAGCUCUUGCUCCAGCCGCCCGGGGUCGGCGUGGCCAGUUCCGCAGAAGCGCCGGCCGUGGUGGGCAAAGGCGACCCGGCCUCCGACCUCGAAGGGGAGAAGGAGAAGGGCUCCCCGGAGGAGAAGAAGGGCUCUCCGGACGGGGCCAAGGAGGGCGACGGAGGCGGGGGCGGAGGGGGCGGCAAGGAGGGCGAGAAGAAGAACGGCAAGUACGAGAAGCCGCCCUUCAGCUACAACGCGCUGAUCAUGAUGGCCAUCCGGCAGAGCCCCGAGAAGCGCCUCACCCUCAACGGCAUCUACGAGUUCAUCAUGAAGAACUUCCCUUACUACCGGGAGAACAAGCAGGGCUGGCAGAACUCCAUCCGCCACAACCUCUCGCUCAACAAGUGCUUCGUGAAGGUGCCCCGGCACUACGACGACCCGGGCAAGGGCAACUACUGGAUGCUGGACCCUUCCAGCGACGACGUCUUCAUCGGGGGCACCACGGGGAAGCUGCGGAGGCGCUCCACCACCUCGCGGGCCAAGCUGGCCUUCAAGCGGGGCGCCCGGCUCACCUCCACGGGCCUGACCUUCAUGGACCGGGCGGGCUCCUUGUACUGGCCCAUGUCGCCCUUCCUCUCGCUGCACCACCCGCGGGCCGGGGGCGCGCUGGGCUACAACGGCGCCGCCUCGGCCUACCCGAGCCACCCCAUGCCCUACAGCUCGGUCCUGGCGCAGAACUCCUUGAGCAACCAGCACUCCUUCGCGCCCUCCAACGGGCUGAGCGUGGACCGGCUGGUCAACGGCGAGCUGCCCUACGCCACGCACCACCUCACGGCCGCCGCCGCCCUGGCCGCCUCGGUGCCCUGCGGCCUGUCGGUGCCCUGCUCGGGCGCCACGUACUCCCUCAACCCCUGCUCGGUCAACCUGCUGGCCGCCGGACAGACCAGUUACUUUUUCCCCCACGUCCCGCACCCUUCCAUGAGCUCCUCCUCCUCCUCGCAGAGCAGCAGCAGCGCCUCCCUGGCGGCCGUGGGCCGGGCCGCCUCGGCCUCCAGCUCGCCCCAGGCGCCCUCCUCGGCCUCGGGCCCUCUCUCCUGCGAGGCGCUCCGGCCCGCCUUGCCGCCGGCCUUCUCCACGGGACUCUCGGGCGGACUCUCCGACUACUUCACGCACCAGAACCAGGGCGCUUCCUCCAACCCGCUCAUCCAUUAACCCUUCCCCCCCCACCAUCCAC